AAGGCGUCGGUUUCUUGGCUUUAUUUUAUAUAUUUUUCUCUUUUAUAUUUAAUUAAUAAACAAUGGCAUUUCUUUCUGGAAUCAAAAAGAACUUGAACAGAGCAGGCACAACAAUAAAGCAACGUACUGGAGGAACAGACAAGACGUUUGACAAUGAAUAUGAAGAAGAACUUGAAAGAUUUAAAGCACUAGAAAAGAAAUCUGAUAAAUUAUCAAAGCAUGCAAAACAAUACAUUGACUCAACAAGAGCCAUUAUUGCCUCACAAACACGUUUACUUCAAAUCAUCGAAAAGAUUUACGGAGACAGUGCAUUUUCUAAUCCAGUCUUUGCUGAGUAUAAGAGAGCAUUGGAGACUAUUGAAAAGGAAGCCAAGGAUAACUUGGACCCUGCUUAUCAAAAGACAGUGAUUGAACCAUUAGCAAGAUACGUUUCUUAUUUCCCAGAAGUGAACGAAGCUAUCAAACGCCGUAAUAAGAAAUUAUUGGAUUAUGAUGCUCAACGUUCAAAGGUCAGAAAGCUUAUUGAUAAACCUAGUGAGGACCCUUCUCGCUUGCCAAGAGCUGAACAGGAGGCUAAUAUGGCAAGAGAACUUUAUGAAAAUUUAAAUACUAUUCUUAUCAAUGACUUGCCCAAACUUGUCGACCUUCGUGUACCCUACUUGGACCCUGUUUUUGAAGCCCUCGUCAAGACUGAGCUUCGAUUUGCUCAGACUGGAUAUGAGCAAUUGGAAGGCAUGAGAGGUUCGAUACCUGCUGAAGUCGAGGGUGGCGAUAGACGCAUUGAUGAAGUCCUGCAACAAAUGCGUGAACUGACCAUUUGCGGUAACUUUUAAAAGUGGCUUAAGAGCAGUCACAUAUACCUCUAUUUUUUUCCUCCUAUUCUUUUAUAGUCAAUAAAACUAUU